AUGACAGAGGCAGACAUGGCGGCCGCCCGGGCUAAAAUGAUCGCUAAGCGAUUCGGAGGGGCUUCAACAUCAACUGGAGGAAAGGGAACUGUACGAAGAAAGAAAAAGGUUGCUUCCCGAAGUGCUGCUGCCCAAUCUGACGCCAAGCUUGGAUCCACGCUGAAGAAGCUUGGGGCCACCAACAUCCCAGGAAUUGAAGAGGUCAAUCUUUUCAAGGAAGACGGAAAGGUUAUCCACUUUGUCAACCCCAAAGUCCAAGCAUCCAUCGGUGCCAACACGUACAUCAUCUCUGGACCAUCUGAGACCAAGCCAUUGCAAGAACUCCUCCCUUCAAUUGUUUCCCAAUUGGGCAUGGACAACUUGUCGCAACUCCAAAGCAUGGCUGCCCAAGCCGGUGUCACUCCAGGUGGAGCUGCCCCUACCGCUGAUGAUGACGACGAUGAUGAUGUCCCUGAUCUAGUGGAAGGAAACUUCGAGGAAGUCUCGGAACAAUCUUAA